CUGGCGGAUCUGCUCGGCGCGCUGGGUCCGCCGACGACGGUGGCGCCACCUCCGCCCGUGCAGCGGAGCCCGCAGAGGGCAGCACCGGCGCCGUGCCCACCGGCUCGCUCCGCCUUCGAUGACCUGGAUGACCUGGUGCGCCUCAGCAUGUCGGGCUCGGCCCCGCCUAACAGCAGGACCAUCAAGACUCCUCCGAUUCCGUCCAGUCCACGCUCCGCCCCUCCUGGAAAAGCAACCAAUCAGAGCGCGGUGCCGUCCACAACCUUUGUCCUCCAGCCCGUCAAGGAUGCCAGUCCGCCGUCACCGACCAAUCAGGGCGCAACGAACGGCUCGGAGCACUCGCUACUGGACUUCGGCUGCGAGCAGUCGGGGGCGGCGCCUAACGGGCAUCAGCCAACCGGCGAACUGCAUGGUGAUGACGUCAGCUUGCUGUCGGCGCUGAGUGGUCCGAGCUCGCACGACUCGCUGCUGUCCGACGGAAGGUCAGAUGAAGGUCAAGUGCGGGCGGCAGGAGAGCCAGCGGCCACUGGGAAGCUGCUGAGCUUGGCGGACGUUACUGUACCGCUGGAGGAUAUCAAGCCAGGCGGCGGGCCACCGGUGCCCCUGUUCUCGGAGCCCGCCUCGUUGGAGAUCGCGCUGCACCCCGCCGGCAACCGGCCGCGGCCCGACGUCACCGUCUACGUCAUCACGGCGCUCAACCGAACCGGCCGGCCCGUCUCGCAGUACACACUGCAGGCCGUUUGCGAUAAGGGCGCGCGGGUGCGCCUGCAGCCGCCCUCCUCCGCCGACCUGCCGGCCGGCUCGCCGUUCCUGCCGCCGCCGGCCGCCAGCCAGGUGAUGCUGCUCGCCAACCCGCAGCAGCUGAAGGUGACGCUGCGCUUCAUGCUCAGCUACAGCGUCGACGGCGACACCGUCACCGAGAUGGCCGACGUGGCGGAUCCGGGCCGUCCCUAGCCGGGGCCCACGGCGUCCGAGCUCGUCACGUGACGGCAGCGUCACGCCACGUCACCGGCGUCACGUGACGGCAGCGUCACGCCACGUCACCGGCGUCACGUGACGGCAGCGUCACGCCACGUCACCGGCGUCACGUGACGGCAGUGUCACGCCACGCCACCGACGUCAUGUGACGGCAGUGUCACGCCACGACACCGACGUCAUGUGACGGCAGUGUCACGCCACGUCACCGACGUCAUCUGACACCGACCACUUCAGCCGCCCGUGGCGGGCUCUGGCGUGGUCGAUAAUGUCGUGUGUUGUCAUGUCCCCGGGACCUCUGCUGCUCCCGCUCUGCGCUGACGUCGAACACAGUCGCGCCGGAGCGUAGUCGGCUGCGGCGGCGGCGGGUACUGCCGUCGAGUGUGGCGAG